AUGGACUCGCUGUCUAGGAAGAUUCAGAACCUGGGGAUCCAUGAUAUCCGGAACGCGGCGCGGUUUGCGCAGAAUAUGAUAGUGCAGUACGAGCCGUACCAGGUCGACAUUCGCAGGGCGACAAACACGGACUCGUGGGGUCCGACGCCGAAACAUCUGGCCAAGGUGCUCAGGAACCGGUACCAGGUGCCGCUGUAUCUGAUGACGGAGUACACGCUCAAGCGGCUGGUCGACCAUGUGGCUACGCGACCCAAGAACCUGUACGAAAAGGCGCGCAAGGACUACGUGAACUACGGGUCCGAGUGGCGGGUGGUGCUCAAGUGUCUUGCGGUGCUGGAGUUUCUGCUGCUCAACGUCGCGGAUGGCGACGAGCUCAACCAGGUGCGCAGCUGUCUGGUGACCCACAAGCAUCUGCUCUCUCGCGAGGUGAUGGGCUACCGUGUCGGGGUGUCCAGCGACGGCAAGAUGGAGGUGCACGAGCGCGGGAUCCGCAAGAAGUGCGAGCAGGUGCUGCAGCUGCUCGAGGACUCGCAGUAUCUCAAGCGCGAGCGCCAGCGACACGCCAGGAACAACCUCAAGAUCCGCCAGCAGGGCGAGUCGUCGCUGUACAACGCGAACCCCGUGGACAGCAGUGGGUCGUCGCCGGCCGCAGAGGCGCUCGACGACGACGAGGGCGCCGACGACGAGCUGCCGGAAACCGUGCCGCAGCAGCAGCGCCAGCGUAGGCGCUCCCACAUCGAGGAGCAGCGCCGCCAGCGGCGCGAGAUCCUCAGGGAGAGGAUCAAGAACACCGAGAUCGAGCGCAAGAGGCAGCUCGAGCAGGCCAAGGCCCGCGAUGAGCCCGAUCUGCUCGACCUGAUCGACUUCGACGACCUCGACGGGGUAGACGACGACGACUUCGGCGACUUCCAGGGCGGCGACGCCAGCGCUACGUCCUCGAACCCAACGGCCAGCGACAUCCUGGACCUGCUAGAUUGGACUGCCGCGCCGGCAGCUCCAGCGGCCUCGACAGAUGCUCCCGCUGCCGAGAAGAACGCCCCCAAGAAGCACGACGCGUUCGCUGACCUUUUCUCGCACUCGAAGUCGCUGAUAUGA